AUGCAGUUCUCUCACGCUCUCAUCGCUCUCGUCGCUGCCGGCCUUGCCAACGCCCAGCUCCCCAACGUCCCAUCUUGCUCGAUUCAAUGCUUCGUCUCGGCCCUCGGCGCCAGUGGCUGCAGUCCCAUCACCGACUUCAAAUGCCAGUGCGGCAAACCUGAGCUUGUCGGAAAGAUUGCUCCUUGCGUCUUGAGCUCCUGCCCUGCGGCUUCUGAUCAGUCUGCUGUCUCCAGCGCUGUCUCCUCGGUCUGCAGUGCUGCCGGCGUUCCCAUCCAGGUUCCUGCUGUUCCCGGAGGCCCAGGUCAGAGCAGCGCCCCUGGCUCCAGCGCUCCUGCUCCCAGCGCUCCUGGCUCCAGCGCUCCAGCUCCCAGUGCCCCAGGCUCCAGCGCUCCUGCUCCCAGCGUUCCCGGCUCCAGCGCCCCAGGUGUCCCAACCACCGCUGCCCCAACCACUGCUCACCCAACCAGCGGUGUUCCCGGCGUUCCAUCCGGCACUGGCUCCUACACCACCACCGGCCGCCCAACUGCCUCCACCCCAGCCCAGUUCCCCGGUGCUGGUUCCAACGUCCGUGCCAAUGUUGGCGGUGUUGCUGCUGUCCUCCUUGCCGUCGCUGCCUACUUGUAA